AUGUCAAGCCAAACUAAGCCCUCCACGGCCUCCGCGCCCCCAGCCCCCUCGACCGUCCCGCCCGAACUGACCCCUCCAUUAACCUCGAAUAACACCGCUCCCAGGUUCUCCCAAAAGGACGUCUCCGUGGUCUUUGUUCUCGGCGGGCCCGGCAGCGGGAAAGGCACCCAGUCCGCCAACCUUGUGCGCGACUACGGCUUCUCCCACUUAUCCGCGGGCGACCUACUCCGCGCGGAGCAAAACCGAGAGGGAAGCAAGUACGGCGAGCUGAUCCGCCAUUAUAUCCGCGAGGGCCUCAUUGUUCCCAUGGAGAUCACGGUCGCCUUGCUUUCCAACGCCAUGGCCGAUAUUCUCGAGGAGCGGAGAGCACAGAAUACGCUCCGCGCUGGCGUCCCGUCACGGUUCUUGAUCGAUGGAUUCCCGCGUAAAAUGGAUCAGGCGGUUUUCUUUGAAGAGACUGUCGUCCCGUCGGUUGCUACUCUGUUUCUUUCUUGCCCGGAGGAGGUGAUGCUUAACCGCUUGCUUAAGCGCGGGGAGACUAGCGGUCGCGCGGACGAUAACAUUGAGUCGAUCCACAAGCGGUUCCGCGUUUUUAUAGACCAGAGCAUGCCGGUGGUCGAGCAUUACGAAAAGGAGGGAAAGGUCAUGACCGUGUCUUCUGUUGGAACCAUAGAUGAAGUUUACAGUGGGGUGAAGAAGGAGAUCGAAGGCCGCGGGAUCAAGCCAGUAAAAGAAAAUUAA